AUAACUUCGCUAAGGGAAUAAAAUAGUUUCGAAAACACAACUUCCCAGUAUGCUUUGCGAGAAGAACAACAAAUAUGGCGUCUCUGCUCAUCUUUUCCUGGACGUGAUAAGAAUUGUGAAACGUACAACAGAUGAGCUAAAGAAGCGACAACCGGGACAGCACUGCAGAAAAUUUACCGCUGCUGUGCAUCUACACUACACAUACCUGUCUACGCCGGUGAGUCAACGGACACCAUGCCCUCUCCUAAAGCGAAAAACCCCGGUCGCAGCGGAGGAAGCCCGGUGCUCGGGAGCUCCAACGGCCGCUACGAGUUCAUGUCUCUGACAAAGCCGCUAAACCGAUCUUCACCGCCACACCUGCUCCAGCGCCAGGGCUCCGACCCGACCACGGCCCGCCUGCGAGCCUCUGAAAGCCCCACUCGGCGACGGGGCUCUGGCUCCUCCACGGGCUCCGCGAGCGGUCAGGGGCCACCCGAAGAGGAUGGUAUCCGGCUCAACCCCUCCCUCAUUCGCGUAGCGCUCAGCUCCCUGCUGGCCAUCGACCUGUGGCUGUCCAAGCAGCUGGGAGUGUGUGCCUGUGAGGACUCGUCCUGGGGCAGUGUGCGCCCCUUAAUGAAGCUCUUAGAGAUAUCGGGACAUGGUAUCCCGUGGCUGGCUGGUACCGCCUACUGUGUGUACAAGAGCGACAGUGCUGCAGGACAAGAAGUCAUGCUCAACCUUUUCAUGGGCCUGCUGCUGGACCUGAUCUUGGUGGGCAUUGUUAAGGCGGUGGUGCGUCGGCGUCGGCCAGCACAUAAUCGUAUGGACAUGUUCGCCACCUUUUCUGUGGACCGCUACUCCUUCCCCUCCGGACAUGCCACGCGCGCCGCCAUGUGUGGCCGCUUCCUGCUGGCUCACCUCGUGCUGGCUGCCCCGUUGAGAGUCCUCGUUCUGCUGUGGGUGGGCCUGGUAGGGUUGAGUCGAGUGAUGCUGGGCAGGCACAAUGUGACUGAUGUGAUGUUUGGGUUCUGGAUGGGCUAUUGCCAGUACAACCUUGUGGAAAUGCUGUGGCUGUCCCCUCAAACACUGCAAGGGCUGCUGGGACAGUCAGCUUAAGGACUUAAGGAAAUGGUAGUUUAUAUUUGAGUAAAGUAGCACGUACACACCUUUUUCCCUUAUAGUAAUAUAUUCUCACUGAAUUGAAAGCAGCACUAUUUCUAAGGUUGGGAUCAUUUUAAAAAUACAUUUACUUUGUAACAAAACGAUAUUUGCUGAAGAGAAAUAUGAAUAAUGUUGUGCAGCAUAAAGUUGUGUUAAAACAAAAAUUGUUUUGUUAUAAAAUAAAUGUUUUUAUAAAUUCAAAUAAAUAUUAAGAAUACUUUUUACAUCCCAUAAGGGUUGUAUUGAGAUUAUGCUGACACUAGAGAGUAGAUCUUUAUCAAAAAAAACAAAACGAAGAGUUUUUCAUGUUGUGUGACAACUAAGUCCACUACCAGCCCUCUUUCUGAGGUAGCUGCUAGCUUGUCUAUAACAAGUAGCAGGUUAAUCCCAACAGAUUACAGGAGAACAGGUUUGACCAUUUACCUUCUGAAGUUCUCUAACUCACCUAUGACACUUCUGUAGCUUGAUUCAAGGAUACAAUAUAAAGUCUACAGUUUCCUGAUUUAAGUGAUUGUUUGAAUAGAGAACAUUAUUUAAAGUGCAGUCUAUGAGCUUUCAAUUUGAAUAAGAACCACCUGUGAUUUCAGAAGUGAAGUAAAAUAACUCACUAGAAUUGCCAGAGUCAAUGAUUUAUCUCAAUUUUACAUUCACAACACAGUUUAAUGGGCUCUUACUUACUUACUUUACCCAUCCACAAACUUUAUAAGCAAGCUCAGUUCAGUCUUUACAAAAUCUAGCAAAAAGUUUUUAAAAGUGAAACAGAUGUGUUGAACACAAUGUUAUGCUACCACAGCAUUCCACCAGUGGCAGCUUAUUCGUGUGCAUCAAAAGAAGUGUACUUUAGAGUUGCUGCACAGCUGUCUGAAAGCUUUUCAGUGAAAUAAGUUGUUCAAUCUGGAAACCAUGGCAAAAACUUAUUAAAUAGUAGUAUUUAUUAAGCAUAACGGGAAAAACUGAAUUAAAAAUAACCAGAAUGUAACGUGUUUUAUAAUUUAUGAAUCAGACAUGCUGGGGGUUGUUUGUUUUUUGUUUUUUAAUGGAAGAUUGUAUAACUACUCUGUGAAUAGUUUUUUUUUUUUUUCACAAUUCACAUUUACUUGCUGACAUCAAAUGAAAACUGCACAUAUAGCGAACUUGCUUACCUGUCUUCACCUCCCCCCCUCUAGCCUUUCUAGGAGCUAAUCAUGAUAUAAGCCCUAACAUGUCCUCAAAGCUUUGUUCGCAGAGCACAGAGGGCCUUUUUUCUUCUUUACGUGACUACUGAUCGGAUAAGAAGACAUAACAUUCUUUUAAGGAGGCACAUCCAAACCCUUAUAAAGAUUAAUUGCACCCCAUAUAUUUGUCUGUUUCACUUUAACACUAUCUCUUUCAUUAAUAGUCAACCAAAACUGUACAUGUAACUGAUAACUUAUCAGCUCUGAUGGAUUACAUACACUUAACCGUAAUGUUAUCAGGUCGUCUACAUAAAUCACUUGCAGAAAUUUGCAAACACAGUAUAGUUGGCAUAUCAGAUUUGUACAGUGUAUUUGCUUAAAGGGACAAUUCACCCAAAUAUCAAUUGGCUUAAGAGUUGUCUUCACUUAAAUGGAAUAAGACACUGCACAUUUGUCUUUAUUAGGCAGGAAUGCAGUAUAAUGCACACACUUGGGUCUUAAGUACUACAGGAGUAUAUACUGUAUAUAGACGUUUUCAUUGUGAAAUUUACUGAAAAACUAAUGAAAAAAAGUAACUUGAUUCACUUGAAAUUGAAUGACUCACAGGUGUGCUGUUUUAAAUAUAUAUAAAAGAUUGUAAAUAUAUUGCAUGGUUAGGUUUUUUCAUUCACAUUUAAAUGCUCUUGGACAUUAAAUACAUAAUCGUAUAUGAAGGGGAAAAAAUAAUGAUCUGUAGUUUCAUUAAACAAUUUUUCAGUCUUGUUUUCUGGUUUUCUUUUAAGCCCCUUGCUGCAUUAGAACUUUGCACAAAAAGUAAAAGUUUGGUUGAUUAUUUCUUUGUUGUAACAAUGCUUCUGGGUGAUAAAUCUUAUACUGCUGGAGAGCCUGUUGUUUCCCCCUAAAUGGUGCCACAUUUGUAAGGGAAAUGCAUUUGUGGAUUGUGCAGCAGAGUUGAGUAUUUGCGUUGCACCUAUGAGAAACUUGCCAAAUCUUCUCUGCCAAUGCCAAACAGCUUAUUCUGCUAUUGAUUCUUUGUUUUUGAGCUUCUGACUAGCAGCACCAGUGACCCUGCCAGUUAGUGCUCCAAGCAUGCUACAUUUGACUGAUCUGGAUAGGACUCUUGCCAACUUCAAGAGCAACUUCAAGGGGAUGUUCCCCAAAAUAAAAUUGCAGCAUUAUUUGGAGUGAGCUCUAAUACUUUCUCCAAAUUAAAGAUCAAGUUCCAUAUAACAGAUGAAGUCAGAAGUAGGCCAUGAAGUGCAUGUCACAAGAAGACAACACCACAUGAAAACUGUUUCCUCACCCUGUCAGAACCUCGAAACUGCAGGCUGUCUUCUACAGAGUUGCAGCCAAGGUUUGCUGGACAAUAUGGUGAGACAAUCCAGAACAGACUCCACACAGGCAGUCUUAUGAGGCCGCCAGGAGGCCUACCAUGACUGCCCUUCACAGUAAGGCCCGUUUACAUUGUUGGUGUGAGUAACAUGUGCACUGGAACCUGAAAGUGUGGAGGAACAUUGAGUAAUGCGUCCAGAUUCUGUCUACAGCAGUUAGAUCGCCUGUUAAAGUAUGGAUCCACUACUUUUGAAUAUUGAGCGGGGUCCUUCCACAGUUUGGAAGUUGAGAGGAUGGUGUUCGUUGAUUUCCAAUGAACACAUAUGGGAUCAUUUUGUGCGUGCUGUUUGUGCGAGAGUUACCAGCACAACCAGACUGGCUGACUUGUGACAAAUACCAGUUGAAGAAUGGGAUGCGAUCCCAUAGCAGUGUGUGACCAACCUGGUAACCAGCAUGAGCAGGAGAUGCCAGGUUAUUGUGGCUGCGUAUGGUUCGUCCGCAUGCUACUGAAGCCCGAUUGUUAAUUUACAAACUGCUAAACUGCCAACAUGUCUUGUUUCUUCAAACCUCAAUAAUUCAACCCAAUAAACGACACAAACAAGAGUAAAGAGCAGACUAAGUUGUUUCGCAUUGCCAGAGGAGAUUUGGCAAGGUUUUCAUGGGGGCAAACCACAUACUCAACACUUCUGCUCAAACCACAAAAGCAUUUUUCUUACAAAUAUGGCAGCAUUUAAGGGGAAAUAAACAGGAUUUCCAACGGUAUGAAAUUUAUAUUGUUACAACAAAGAAAUAACUGAGCAAACACAAAUUUCCUGACUUUUGUGAUAAGUUUGGAAGCAAAUCAGAAGCUAGCUGCAGGGGCGUAAUUUCCAGGGGGGUUAGGGGGAUUAUGACCCCCCACCCAAUAAUCAGACCCAACCAAUAUAACCCACCCAAUAAAAUUAUGAAUUAUCUUGCAUAAAUAGACUGUUUAUUGUCCUUACUCAUUUCAGUUAUUAUCUGCAAAAUAGUUGGAUGUUUAAUCAUCUGGGAAUUUACCCAGAUUUAUUUAUUUAUUUAGACAGAGAUCUUGACA